AUGGCUUCCAAACUCCUGCGCGUGGUCAUCCUCGGGCCUCCCGGCUCGGGUAAGGGCCAGAGGAUCGCCCAGAACUUUGGCCUCAGGCAUCUCUCCUGCGGCCACUUCUUGCAGGAGAACCUCAAGGCCAGCAGGGAAGUUGAUGACACGGCAAAGCAGUUCCUAGAAAAAGGUCUUUUGGUUCCAGAUCAUGUGAUCACACGCCUAACGGUGUCAGAACUGGAGACCCGGAGCACCGAACACUGGCUGCUAGAUGGGUUCCCGAGGACAUUAGUACAGGCAGAAGCCUUGGACAGAAUCUGCGAUGUGGACCUUGUGGUCAGUUUGAGACAUAUUCCUUUUGAGACACUUAAGGAUCGUCUGAGCCAACAAUGGGUUCACCCUUCUAGUGGGAGAGUCUAUAACCUGGACUUCAACCCGCCUCAAGUGCAGGGGAUUGAUGACGUCACUGGUGAGCCACCUGUCCAACAGGAAGGUGAUAAACCUGAAGCAGUUGCUGCCAGGCUAUGGCGGUCCAAGGAUGCGGCAAAACCAGACAUCGAACUGUACAAGAGCCGCGGAGUGCUCCACCAGUUUUCUGGGACGGAGACUAACAAAACAUGGCCUUGUGUUUACACGCUUUUCUCAAACAAAAUCGCACCUAUUCAAUCCAAGGAAGCAUACUGA